GAAGCGAAACUGAAAAAAAAAAGGGGAAAAAAGGGGUCCUCCGCGCAGCGCUGUCCGCCGGCCCCUCUCCGCGCGCGACUGCCUGCCUUCCGUCGCCGCCGCCGCCUACCCUCGACUACUGACCUACCUUUCUCCGUCGGCCGCGGGAGCCCAGCGCAACUGCACCAUCUCCUCGUACCCUUUCCUGGGCAAGGCUGGGAGGGUUUCCGCCGCCUGUUGCCCGGACGUUGCUGCAUGACGAUGGAAGAUGGAAGCUGUCCUUCACCAGCCACCCCCAGCCAAGCCGAAGAUUACCAAUCAUGGACACUGAAGCAGAAGCUUGAGGAUCUAAUCAACUGUGAUGCUAUCCAUGGUGUCAUGCCAAAAAAUCCUAAAUAUAAAGCAUAUUUCGAGGAAAAGUUCGAGGAGAAGUUAAGUAAGUACGUUCGUGUUGUAUUGCCGAAACUGCGUCCAGCAAUUCAGAAGGAUAGCGUGAAGCAAUUCUAUCAAGUCUAUAAUUGUUGGUCUGGUUUCAAUCUCCGCACAAGUUAAAAUUUUACAUUACUGCAGGCUUCCAACUAGCAACAAUUUAUGUGCCUGCCUGACAUAGGAAAAAAAAAAGAUUAAUUGGAUCCAUGCUACUACAACUUUGCAAAAUUAAAAAAAAAUACCACUGCUAUUCGUCAUAUUGGUUACAUGCCACUGGAAAUUUCUAAAAUUGAAACCAUGCCAAUGAAAAUUUUUAAAAUUGAAACCAUGCCACUCCUAUCCCUUUUUCCGUCUCCUCUCUCACGCCGUCUCCAUUCCCGUCCUCAUCCCCCUUCCGCGAGGAGGCGGAGGCCGCCCUGCACUCUUGUCCAUCAGCGCCGGCGACGCGACGGAGCACCACCCAGCGGCGAGCUCGGAGAAGAAGAUGGUGGGCGGAGGAGGAGGGAGCAGGUCGCCGGCGCCGAGCGAGGCUGACGUACCUCACCCGCGACCACCGCAGGAGGGCUCGGGAGCCGCCGCCGCCGUCCUAGACGCCAUCUGCAGCGAGAGGUCUAUGGAGCUGUCGCUGCCGCCAUCCUCGACACCAUCUGUGCGGGAGGGCUCGGGAGUCAUCCACACCGGAGGGCUCAGGAGUCGCCGCCGCCGUCCUCGACACCAUCUGUGGCGGGAGGGCUCGGGAGCCGCCACCGCCGCCUCUGUCCUCGAUCCAUGACGGGAGGUCUCGAGAGCUACCGCCAUCGCCACCGCCGUCCUCGACGCCAUCUGCGGCGGGAGGUCUCUGGAGCUGUUGCCGUCGCAGUCCUCGAUGCCAUCCGCGCAGGAGGGCUUGGGAGCCGCCGCCCCUGUCCUCGAUCCGCGACGGGAGGUCUCGAGAGCUGUCGCCACUGCCGUCCUCGACGCCAUCCGUGGCAGGAGUGCUCGGGAGCCGCCGCCGCUGUCCUCUUUGCAGUCGCGCCGGAUGGAGGAAAAGAUGGGGAGAUGAAAUUGACAUGUGGGACGGGAACGGAGACGGCGUGAGAGAGGAGAUGGAAAAAGGGAUGAGAGUGGCAUAGUUCCAGUUUUAGAAAUUUCCAGUGGCAUAUAGUCAAUAUGACGAAUAAUAGUGGUAUUUUUUUAAUUUCACAAAGUUGCAGUGGCAUGGAUCCAAUUAACAAAAAAAAAAGUCUUUCUACUACACUUGACAAGUGGCAGUAGUGGGCAAUUUUAAAAUGAUAGAUAACACAUUAAUUUCACAAUCUCUCUCUCGAUGAACACAUUGGCAGCAUUUUCAUAAUACAAAUUUAUGUUUUUGAAAAAAAAAACAAAAAAAGAUAAAAUGCACAAACGGGCGUGUUUUCAAUGAAAAUCAAUGUUUGAAUAAAACCGAAACCGUAUUUGAUUACGCUAGAUAAGCGAAAAAAAGAAAUAAAAGGCAACCGAGCCGAUCCCCCUUUGGAGCGGCAAACAAACCCUAGCUGAGUCGAGUUGUUCGAAUCGAGGAGGGAUGGAGGGCGGAAGCGGCGGCGAUUCCCAGCGGUUCGGGAAGAUGGUUGUCGAAUCCAAAUUCAGGAGGAAGAGGCGGCGAGGAGGGACGACUAUGAUCCUUGCAGGCACAACGGACACUGAAGGAAUGAUGGAUCAAGAAGAAGAGGAGGAGGACGACGACGACCAGCCUGCUGAUGUUCUUGAGGAUAGGAAGCAUCAACCUGCUGAUGUUCUUGAGGAUAGGAAGCAUCGAGAUGGAUCCAUCUACAGGGGUACCGAUUACUGGAGUAUCUAUUAUCGUAUCGCCGAUACCAACGAAACUCCAUUGAAGCCGAUGAUGCUGUCUGAUCCGACCACGGAUUGCCGGCCCAACUGGUCUGGUUGCAUCGUCCACUCAGGUUGUUCCAUGUUGCAGAUCUUCUCACUCAAGCUGGUCUCCAUGGCUGCCCCUGCUAUUGGUGAUGGCCCCAUUCAAGUGUACGGCUUCAUGGCUGUUCGAGAUCAUAUGGAUUGCUUGCGCAACUACGUCUUCAACCGCGGUCGUGACAAACCUUUCAUUGUCAACCUCUCCGAUCCCUUUAUACUCUUGUCUGGCCCUAAGAGAGGCUUUGGGAUGGAAACUCCUGCACUGCUUGAGUACGACAUAAGGAUCAAGAGAGGAGAUGGAGAAGAUGAUGAUCUCCAGCUCAUAGAUGGAGCUGCCACCAUCAGUGAGACCGAGCUACCCCCGCCAUAUGCCCAAGCUUACACCCGACGGAUUGCCGGCAACUACGGUUCCGUGAACAUUAGCUUAGCACUUCUCCACAACGCCAUAGAGGCCACGAUGCACAUCCAGAUAACCGAAGUGCGUGGCAGUGGGGGCUUCAACAUGUCUAUGGCUUGUCGUGUCGGUCAAAUACCUGAUGAAAUCAAGCUCUUUGAAAGUGUUGCCAUUGCCAAGCCGUGUCAGCUAAACAAGAGGUUUGUGCUUGCCAUUGUCAAGCGCGGCAUCUUGGUGUUAGACUUGAAGGUUAAGCGGAGUGGCGCCUCAGAGGAGGAGGAGCCAGUCUGUAUGCUCCGUGGCUUGAAGGCAAAAGCACAUAGCCAAGUCAUCCUACCUAUGAUAUUUGAUUGCGCCACCAUUUUGGUCAGUGUGCAUUGGUCAAAUCUGCCGGCCCCCAUGUUAGACUAGCCACAAGGUGUUACAAACUGCUGUUCGCCACAGAUUAGCAAAAGUCCAGGGGUAUCUAAAAGCAAAGAAAGGCAGCAUUAGAGGAAAUUUGAUGGGGAAGCGUGUUGAUUUCUCAGCUCGUACUGUCAUCACACCGGAUUCAAAUAUUACAAUGAAUUGGUAGUGCCAUGGAGUAUUGCUUUGACCUUACAUACCCAGAAACUGUUACUCCAUAUAACUUUGAAGGUCCAAAGUACAUUAUCUGGGGAGACGCUCAAAGGCUUGAUCUUUGUUAUGUGAAGAAAAGAACUGAUCAAUAUCUGGAACUGUGUUACAAUGCGAGUACCAACAUUGUUUCAGAAUCUGAUUUACUGAUGGUCACAUGACAAUAGUGUCUUCUAUAUUUGUCUCCUCAUCUGGUGUUUUAUUUUGUCAGGUGGAAAGGCACCUUGAUGAUGGGGAUUUUGUUCUUUUCAAUCGGCAACCCAGUCUUCACAAAAUGUAUAUCAUGGGGCAUCGCAUUAAAAUCAUGCCCCAUUCAACCUUCCACUUAAACUUGUCCGCCACUUCGCCGUACAAUGCAGUUUUUGAUGGGGAUAAAAUGAAUAUGCAUGUUCCUCAGUCAUUUGAUGGGGAUGAAAUGAAUAUGCAUUAAUAAGUAGGCGAUGGAGAUGGGCGGUGAUGAUGAUGGCAUGUCUAGUGCUGUGUCUGCUUGGCGUGAAAUGUUGUCAAUUCUUCAGUAGUAGUUGGUUCUCAACAGCGAUUUAUCCAUGUCCGGUCAAACAGUUAGUUUUCCACGAUUUAUAUAAU